UUUGAACAUGUAGAUACAGUACAUUUAGUUGCAAUAGUAAACUUAUGAAAAAAACAUGACCUGUCCAUGUCUUCUAUCUGCAUUGUGCUUCUAUUACACACAGGUUGAAACCGCACUGUCUUUAAAACGGAUUGACAGUUUUUAGUGAUUCAUUUGAGUUUUUCUUGAUUAAGCAGAUAUGCAUAUUUUCAACUUUGAAACCUAUAUUUCAAAACCCUGGCUUGUAAACCAUUAUAACACUCCCUGGUCCCUUUUAACGAUCCUCUUGAAUCCUCUUCUGUAGAGUGCGGUCAGUGUCCGAUGAUUCUGACAGUCGUGCCAUCCAGUCGAGGAUGUACUUCCGAUAGAGACUGUGCUGGAGGACAUAAAUGCUGUCAAUUUCCCUGUGGGCCCGCAUGUGUGCCACCUGUUUUCACAAAGCCAGGAGAGUGUCCGAGCACCAAAAAUGGAGGAGGAAAUUGUGACCAGUUGUGUUCCUAUGACAGUGACUGUGCAGACAAUGACAAAUGUUGCAGCAAUGGAUGUGGACGUCAGUGUAUGGCUCCAUACACAGUGAGCCCUGCGGCCGAGCCACCGAAGCCUGCGGCCGAGCCACCGAAGCCUGCGGCCGAGCCACCGAAGCCUGCGGCCGAGCCACCGAAGCCUGCGGCCGAGCCACCGAAGCCUGCGGCCGAGCCACCGAAGCCUGCGGCCGAGCCACCGAAGCCUGCGGCCGAGCCACCGAAGCCUGCCAUGGAGCCUGCGGCCGAGCCACCGAAGCCUGCCAUGGAGCCUGCAGCCGAACCGCCGAAGCCUGCCGUGAAGCCUGCGGCCGAGCCACCAAAGCCUGUCAUGAAGCCUGCGGCCAAGCCGCCGAAGCCUGCCGGGGACCCUGCGGCCGAGCCGCCGAAGCCUGCCGUGAAGCCUGCGGCCAAGCCGCCGAAGCCUGCCGGGGACCCUGCGGCCGAGCCGCCGAAGCCUGCCGUGAAGCCUGCCGAGCCGCCGAAGCCUGCCGUGAAGCCUGCGGCCAAGCCGCCAAAGCCUGUCAUGAAGCCUGCGGCCGAGCCGCCGAAGCCUGCCGUGAAGCCUGCCGAGCCGCCGAAGCCUGCCGUGAAGCCUGCCGAGCCGCCGAAGCCUGCCGUGAAGCCUGCCGAGCCGCCGAAGCCUGCGGCCGAGCCGCCGAAGCCUGCCGUGAAGCCUGCCGAGCCGCCGAAGCCUGCCGAGCUGCCGAAGCCUGCCGUGAAGCCUGCGGCCGAGCGGCCAAAGCCUGCCGUGAAGCCUGCCUGUGAAGCUCCAAAUCCUGCUGCUGAACUGCCAAGGCACCCUGAGUAG